GCACCAACCUACUGUACAAUCAACCACCUUGAACUUGCGACAUACAACCUCUGCGCCUUUCCCAAAACACCUCGACCGAAUUGCAUCCGCCCCUUUCUUCUGUUCCUUUUUCUUUCAACUUGAGCGAGUCCUUUCAAUCUACAUCUAGCAAUCAUGUCUGCACAGAACUCGGCUGGUAUCCAGACCCUCCUCGAUGCUGAGAGGGAGGCAUCCAAGAUUGUACAGAGGGCUCGAGAAUUCCGCACCAAGCGCGUCAAGGAGGCUCGUGACGAGGCCAAGAAGGAAAUCGCCGACUACAAAGCCAACAAGGAGGACGAGUUCAAGAAGUUCGAGGCCGAGCACAGCAAGGGCAACGAGACUGCCGAGCAGGAGGCGAACAAGGAGGCCGAGAAGCAGAUCGAGGUGAUCAAGGAGGCGGGCAAGAAGAACCGUGACACCGUGGUUAAGCACCUCCUGGACGCCGUGUUCGAGGUGAAGCCCGUGGCUGCGUGAAGUCUGAGUCGAGAAUACCGAUAGAUGGCGAAGGAGGGGGGAGCGUAUACUGAGAUGGAUGGACGCAAUUGACAUUCGAUACAAGCGAUUGGAGGAGGGG